GAUGUGAAUUCAGGAAGACGAGUUGAAGAGGAACGCUUUUAUUUAUCAAGAUAAUACAACGCUGUAGUGCAAGUAUUAGGCACGUCAACUACUUAUUUUUGUUACACGAGGAGUGGACUACUUCAUAAAACCGCCUACGCAGGAUGUCGUCGACUGUGUCAGGGGGUGCACCGGACUCCCCGCAUGGCCACGGGGAGCGGGGCGAGGCGGCCCACCAGUUCCCCUCCAAAGAGCUCACCACCAGCACAGACGGCUCCGAGCUCGGCUGCCCCCGGCCCAUCACCUUCGACCUGCUCAACAUGGUGAUCUCCUACAAGAGGAUCGCCAUCUACCUGGAGCCCAUGAAGGACUGUGUGGAGAUGGGCCGCUACCUGCUGGGUUGGAAGAUGCCCGUCUUCUCCUUGCUCUGCUGUGUCAUGCUGAAUGUCCUCUUUCUAAGCCUUAGUGAAGCGGCAUGGUUCUCCCUGUGUCUGCUGGGUGUGUCCACCCCGGCGGCGCUGGGCUACAUCGGCGACCGCUGCCAGCUCGCCACCAGCGACACGGAGCGCCAGAGGAAGAGGCACCACGCCGUCCAGCGCAGAGACCUGCAGACCGUCCACCUCACCAAGCAGGAGGCCAUGCUGGAGGUCAAGGGCCUGCUGAAGAAGCUGGAGGAGAUGUUGAACCAGGCGUGUGUGUCAGCGGAGGCCGUCUACAAGGUGCUGUACUGGGAGAGCCACUCCGUCUCCUCCAUGUUUUACGGGGGUCUGAUGCUGGUGGUGUGCCUGCUGUACGUGGCUCCAGUGGGCUGGGUGUUAGCUCUGGUCAACAGCGCCCUCUUCCUCUGGAACAGGGAAUUCCGCAGAGUGCUGCUGGACCUAAAGACGUUGCUGAGCCCUGGUCAGGACUUGUCUGCAGAGAAGGAGGGGGAGAUGAGGGACGCUGAGCACACUUCCUUAACCGAGCAGACCCCAACUCCCACCAGCCUGGAGGAUCUCUCUCCAGGCAGCAUCGAGGAGGCAGAGGAGGCGGAGCCUGAUGACGAAUUUAAAGAUGCUAUUGAGUCCUCUCUCUUUACCAUCUCACUGCCUAAGGAGCACCAGACGGCCCUGCUGCCGGAUGACGAUGAUGUCCCGUUGGGCCAUCAGGACUUUGACGCCAUAUCGGAUAACGGCUUGCUGAGCCGCAACGAGCCCAUCCGCAGCAAAGUCUCAAAGCUGACGGAGAAACUUCGCAAGCGCUACCCAACCCACCCCGCAGGUAAUUGCUCUUAUUGCAGUGCAGUCUUUUCGGUUUUGAAAAAGCGGAAAAGUUGCAGUAAUUGUGGCAACAUCCUCUGCUCGCGAUGCUGCUCCUACAAGGUGCUCAAAUCCAGCAUGGGUGCCACAGCACCAGAGGCCCAGAGAGAGACAGUGUUCGUCUGCGCUGCAUGUAACAUGGCCCUGAGCAAGAAGGAAUGAACAACAGGAACAUGCAGUCUCUCCCACCUCCUUCCUCCUCCGCAUCCUCCUCUCAUCCUUCUCUCCCUCCCCCUCUCCCUCCCUGCAUCUAUAAUUCCCUCCAUUUGACCUCCUUGUGGAUCCGUGGUGCCCGCCUCUUGACACCCUCCCUGGAUGAGGAUUUGAAUGUACUGUACUGUACCGUACACGCUGCUCUGCUCUGCAAAAAGGACCCCCAUGGACUAUGACGAUGAUGAUGAUAAUGAUGACGAUUCGAGUGUAAAGAAAUCCCGCACACUGUCCCUUCCACCAACAAUGGAGAAUGGAAUGGACAGUGGUGGAAUGGACAGUGUGUUCGGGAUUUCUUUACACUUGAAUGACACUGGGAUAAUAUAUCCUACGCACCUGCCCAACUACAGAGGUGUGCAAAAGCGUCUUCUUGAACUGAUGAUAAUGACGAUGAUGCCGUGGGCUGGGCUGGGCUGGGCUGGGGUAUACGAUGAUAAUUGAGCGCCGGAUGGAUUCGAAUGGAAGUUGGCAGAGACCCUGAAUGACUGAUUUCAGUGCCUGCGUCUGUGUCAGGGUCACACAUGCUAUUCAGAGUUUGGCUCCAUGUCAGCUGUCUAGUGGGUGUAGUAUUCCAGGAAGGUGGUUCAGCAGCAAACCAGGUUAAGUUAACCUGGAGGAAGUGCUAAUUCAGCUAAUAGAAGAGCCUGGGGUCCUCAUUUUCUUAACCAAAUGACGCCAGAAGGCUCUCUAUUGCCAAGUUCACCACUUUCUUUAGGUUAACUUAAGCCAGAUCACUUAACCGUGUUCUUGGAAUCCAUCCUCCACCCCCGGCUUUGGCAUUUAUGUGCCAUGGACCUGAGAAUUACGAGGCAUUACAUUACAUUACAUUGCAUUUGGCAGACGCUUUAUAACCAAAGCGACUUUCAAAAGAGGACAUAAUCAUAGCCAACAUGAUUAGCAGAUACAAAGUGCACAGGAAAUAUACAGAACAACAAGUGCAGAUGCAAAGACGGGUUAGUAACUUAGAGGCAUGUAGGGACUUGUCAAACAUCACAGCGAACAACAUGUUUCGCCUCAGUGCAUCAUCAGAUUCACUAGAAACGCGUUGUUAGCUCGGAGUAAAUGAGCAACAAUUCAAACAAGUGUGCUGUAAAUUUGUUUCUUUUGAGGUAUUGAACAGUCCUGUCUUUACCAACACCUACCUGUAGAAGCUGUGCAUGAAUCUUUGAACUUUUACAAUCACAGCAGUUGUGUGUCUGUCUGACGAGUAUUGCUGUGUACUGGCAUGUUGCGCUGUUGGAUUUGGGGCUUUUGCCCCAAUUGCCCUGCGAUUGCACCUGACACUAGUGAUACUAUGGCAAUAAAUGGCUACAGAAUGUUACAGUGACACAUGUGUACAGUACGUGACACUUGGGCCCCAUUUUGCUAGAUGUGAAUUUCAGCAUAUACCGGUAGUAGUUCAGCUCGUUUUGAAAUGUGGAGGGCUAAGAUCAAGUUGUCACGUUAGUCAAAGACAUUUGUAUGUUAAACACGCCUAGCCUUAUUUGCUAUAGUGAAAGCGAGCAUAUUUUUCCCCUGCUCUGUUACAUGGUUGAAAGAUGUGGAGUGUUAAAAUAAAGUCGGUUAUGUGUGGGGGUUUUUUGCAGUUGAGUUUCAGCCCUCCACCACCGGUUUCUCUUUCCAAAGAUUAGUGAUGUUCACUCACUCAUUUAUGAUGUUGUAGAAGGCAAACCACACACUGGGCAUGUAUGUGCUGAAGGGUUCCAUUCAUUAUGGGUUUGUGUAUUAAAUGGUGGGCUGUUAUGGGAAAAGUCCAUUUGGGGCUAGGGGCAAAUGCUUUUGCACUUUUUCCCUUCAAUCUGACUACUGGUAGCUCAUUUUAUCCAAACUCUGGCACAGUUACAUGGUGUAACGUUUCAGUAGUAGAUGGAACAGUUCCAAUCAGUCAUUAAACAAAUGGUUCCAGUUGUAUUGUGUACAACUUUAAAAUAAGUGAGUAAUAUUGUGCAGCAGAAUGUUUUUCCCCAGAUGAUGAAUUUGUUUGUUUGUUUUUUUUUUCUUUUGUAAGGGAAUUUUGAGUUUUACAAUUUCAGACAAACUGCUUAUGUGUAAAUUAUUGCAGUCCUCAGUGCACCGGUCAUAUCAUGUUAUUGUUUUUUUUUUGUUUUUUUUAAUCAAAAAUGUCAUAAUUUAUUGAUUUUAAAAUAUAUUAUAUCAUAAUAUAUGCUUAGCAGUGCGGUUUUCCUAUCAUGUGUGACCUUGCACCAAAUAAAUAUCAUGCUCAUUUAUAA